AUGACCAAACGUCUCCGGACUCAUCGCGAACGCACAUGUUCCUGGUGCUUCAAAUCUUUCACUAAAGAUGAGCAUUUUACACGCCAUGUCAGAACCCACACCAGGGAAAAACCCUUCAUCUGUACCAUCUGUAGAAAAGCCUUUAGUCGCCAGUGUGUGCCAUUGCUUAGUGAUUCUCUUCUACGGCAUUUGCGAUGCCAUCGAUCAUCUAGUAUCCCUCCAACUGGUGCGGCCCACAGCACAGAAAGUGAUGCCAUACACCUGCCACUUGAUCCCCACAAUCAGGAAGUAUUUCCAUCCAACCACAACUAUUCAAUGGGCGUUCAUGAAUCCCCACCACCUCCAGAUGGACGUUCUCCGAUGGAAGUGAGGUAUCGAAAUGUCUCAAAUAUCCAACCAGUAUCCUGUUCACCUGUUAAUCUGUCGCAACAUCCGACCGCGCUCCGAGCAAAUAUCGAAGAGUUGACCCAGGAGAGGCAUGGAGAAGUAGCUGGGUUACCGACCCCAAAUUUGCAGCCUCAUAUAGGGCGACUUAAUUCAUCUCUGCAUGAUUCCGGUCAAGAUGAGUCGUGGGUUUUUAGCAACUCGAGUACCCAAAUACCCGCAUGGUUUGCAGACGACGAUUUUGACCUCACAGCUCUCAAUUCGGAGAUCUUGACCUCGACUGCUAAUUGGUUUCCUUUGGAAAAUGCUAGCCAGUACCAGCACGAGCACGAGCCAGUAAGCCAGACUUCACGACCGCUUGUGGAGGAAAUGCUUUCUUCUCGAGAGGCAAGGGUCCAAAUCCAUUGGUACACGUUUGUGGGGACGUCGCGGACUGGCCACAUCACCCCGGAGGUAGGCCCAGAACAGACACAAGUGGAUGAAGCAUACCGCGCUAGCCUGGCUGCGAAGCUUCAACCGCAUAUACCUGUCCUGCCUCUUCCAUCCACGGAUUUCCUGAAUCUCUGCAUUCAUAUGUACUUCACCAAAUUUCACCCCUCAUUCCCCAUUGUACAUGCUCCAACAUUCCGGCCAUCUUCUAAAAGCUCAUUAUUAUUGCUAUCCAUCUGCUCCAUUGGAAGCCUGUUUGUGGGAUCUUCGCAUGCGGCAUCGCAAGGAGUAAAGAUCUUCGAGACUCUCAACAAAGCAAUACUAUCAUCAUGGGAAAGAUAUUUCUCAAAAGAAAGACCCGAAACGAUUGCCAUGAUCCAAGCGGCUCUCAUUGGACAGACAUUUGGGCUCCUAUCAGGCGGAAAGAUCUGCUCACUGCGCAGACAUUUCAUGGAACACUGGUUGCGAGCAACUAUAUCUACGUUGAAGAGAGGAUGUGGCGAUAUAAGCUUGAAUGAAGUUUCUCACACACCAGCGAAGGCCUGGAAAAAGUGGAUUCAGGCAGAAGAACAGAACCGACUCCUUGCGGGAAUACGUAUUCAUGAUGUCGAGAUCUCAGAGCUGUUUCUGACAGAUCCAUAUAUGCGCCAUUCAUCCGAAAAGCUUCCACUGUUGUCGGAUGACGACCUCUGGGCUGCAACAGUUGAAGACUGGAGCCGAAGGGUCACUAGUCGCUUAUCAGACUCCAAUGCGCAUGAAUUCUGCCUGCGUUGCCCAGAGACAACAGCCAACCAUGACCUUUUAUCACUUUCCACCCCUCCGAACAAUGGCCUCCAAGCCUAUGUCGAACUCGAAGGACUUGCCGCAUCGGCCAUUGAAGCCAAAAGUUCCCAUGACUCAAGCCAACUCAAUUCCCUUGAAGCUGUGUUGAUGAAAUUUUAUGAGUCGCACAUCAGAUUAAACAAAAGACAGACACCCGAUCCGUACUGUCUACUUGUUCUAUGGCACUCGAUCUUCAUCUCAUUAUACGCCAACACAAACCGCCUAGAGCUAGUAAUCGGCAAAGAAGGAUUCAAUGAGGCUCAAGAUCACGUAGCGUACGUACGCUCAUGGGCCUCAUCUGUUGAUGGCCAACGCUGCGCUCUCCACGCUGCACUUAUCCUACGCGAGCUAGGGCAGGAGAAAAUAAGCACCGAGCCCCCGAUGCACAUCCCUCGAAUAAUAUUCCGCGCGACUCUUGUUUGGUUUUGCUAUACUAGUUUUGGAUCAGAUACGGCGACCCCGCGUCGGAACAUGGUUUUCCCAGAGUUGCAGAAGAUUGGCGUUAAUUCUGAGACGCUGCUAUUUGAAGCGAAUGGGUUCAAGCUCUUCCGCCCAACCACGCCGGAGUCAAGUACUUUCUGCGGAUUGGUGGAUAUCUUGCCAAGGAUUGGCCAUUGGGGGAUUUCACAGUUAUUGGGUUCAAUUUUGAAUUUGCUGCUUCCCGACGUCAAAGACAAUGAGAGAUAUGCUAGAUAA